UAAAUACUUGUUGAGCAGCUUCUAAUUCUAAUCAAAUUCAAUUCGCUUGGAAUCACGUUGAAGAUACAACCUACCUUCUGCAGCCAUGCCUACUGCUUUCCUGGGAACCAUAGUGCACACGAAGUCCUUCAAUGAAUUUGAGUCCAUCAAGAAUGGGUUCUUGGUCGUGGGCGAUGAUGGAAAGAUUUUAUGUUUAGGCAAGGACUACCAAGCCUGGUUGAGCAACAACAAAGCCAAUAGGCCUGAGGAGGUGGUCCUGUCUGACUACCAGUUCCUGAUGCCCGGAUUCGUGGAUUGCCAUAUACACGCGCCCCAGUAUGCCCAAGUGGGUUUGGGAUUGGAUAUGCCAUUGCUCGACUGGUUGAACACGUAUACCUUCCCUCUGGAGGCCAAGUUCUCCGACUUGGAAUACGCCCAGCGUGUCUACAAGAGCGUUGUUGAAGCGACGCUGCGCUCUGGAACAACACUCGCCUCCUAUUUCGCCACCAACAAUCUGCCAUCGACUCUGAUACUGGCACGGGAGGCAGUGCGUCAAGGUCAGCGGGCGCUGAUUGGAAAGGUUUGCUCCAAUUGCAACAGUCCCGACUUCUAUGUAGAAACCCUGGAGGAAUCGGUAACCAACACCAAGGAGUUUGUGGCUGCAAUGAAAGACAUUGGAAGUCCACUUGUUUUACCCACAAUCACACCCCGGUUCGCUCUUAGUUGCACCAAAGAGUUGCUCAAGCAGCUGGGUGACAUCGCCAAGGAAAACGACCUGCAUAUCCAAAGUCAUAUCAGCGAAAAUCUGGCAGAGAUUGAGGUGGUCAAGGGUAUCUUUAAAACCAGCUACGCAGGAGCGUACGAUGAAGCUGGAUUGCUCACGAAAAAGACGGUAAUGGCUCACGGAGUCCACUUGGAGGAUGCAGAAGUCCAACUGCUUAAGGAACGUGGGACCUCUGUGGCCCAUUGCCCUGCCUCGAAUACAAUGCUCGGCUCUGGCAUAUGCGAUAUCCAACGAUUGAUUAAUUCCGGAGUAACUGUAGGACUGGGCACCGAUGUUUCCGGAGGCAAUUCCGUCUCCAUCCAAGAUGCCUUACUGCGUGCAUUGGAUAUAUCGAAGCAUUUGGACUUUUUCAAGAAACAAAAUAUUAUUGGAACAGGAGAGGCUAAAACGCAGGAUUCCAGUUACAAGCAACUCAAAUACAAGCAGGCCCUUUACUUGGCAACAUUGGGUGGUGCCAAGGCCCUGGCCAUGGAUCAUCUAACCGGCAACUUCGAAGCUGGCAAGGAAUUCGAUGCCCUGCUGGUGGACGUCAGUGUCGUGGAUGAUCCCAUUAGGCUUCUGAACGUCGACGAAAUGGUGGAGAAGUUUAUUUAUACUGGAAGUGAUCGCAAUAUUAUCGAAGUCUUUGUAUCCGGUAGUCGAGUCAAAAAAGGCUGUCUAAAGGACUGAGAAAAAGAGUCACAUUGAAACGAGUAUAGACUUUAUUUUUACAGGGACAAAAGUUAAAUGCUCAAACCGAAAUUUUGGUUAAAGAUAACAACCAAUAUAUACUCUAUUAUGUACAUUCUGAUUUUGGCCAAAGCGGCGCAAUAACUUUGUCUUUACACUUUCACAUUUUAUACUUUGAACUGUUAUUUACAUUUAUAUAUCUUAACUUUCGGUUUCGAUCAGUUAUAGGCAUUCAAUUUAAUCACAUAUUGGCUAUAAAUGGGUCAGGGGAAUAUUGUAAUUUUCCUAAUUACAGCGAAAUGAAAAUAUAUAUGUUGCAAUGAUUGAUUUUAAGUCAAA